AUGGCCCACAUCUUGACAGGAUGCAAGAUCUCCUGCAGAAAGAAGAUCAUCCUGGUGGAGCUCACUGGGCCAUGGGAAGAGGGGUGCGAAAGGAAAUCUGAGCACUACAAAGAUCUGGUGCAGGACUGCAGGGAUAAAGGGUGGCAUGCAUGGUUGUACCCGGUCGAGGUUGGAUGCAGAGGCUUCCCUGCACAGUCAGUGUGGAAGUUCUUGACCGGAAGAGAGAGAAAGAAGGCAGUGCGAAGACUGAGGGAGGCAGCAGAGAGAGCCUCCUACGGCCAAUCAGAUGACGAGAGAAGUGCAGCGCUGCUGGCUCACCUGGACAAAGAACAAACAGGAGAAGCUGUGACAUCACCGCCAGACGCUGACAGUCUUGCCUCUGAGGAACAGACGGAAGAUGCUGAAGACACUACAGCUGAUGUAGAAUCUGACGACAGCGCUGCCAGUGAUGAUAACAAGGACCCAGACACCGGCAGUGACUCCAAUGCUGAGGCCGAGGUUGACUCUGAUGAAACCACAGCAGACGAGGAUGAUGGGGAAGACCCAAUGACUGGCAGUGACUCUGACGCUGAGGUUGACUCCGACUCUGACGAAACCACAGCAGACGAGGACGACAGCGCCAAUAACAAAGACGACAUUGAUGACUCAAACACCGGUGGUGACUCUGACGCUGAAGUCGAUUCUGAUGAAACCACAGCAGACAUAAAGGACUCAGAAACUGGCAGUGACUCUGAGGGUGAGCCUGAGGAUGACUCUGUCUCUGAUGUAACCACAACGGACGAAGACGAAAGCCAGGUCGAUGACGACAGCAUGAUUCUGGAGGAGGCAGACAGUGAGGAAGCAGUGGAGGGGGAGGCAGUGAAGGAGAAGGAAGAUGAAGAUUCAGAGGAGGUGGAGCCAGCUGAGGGAGAGUCAGAGGUGACCACAGACAGCAACGAGAUGAAUGACGACAGCAUGGUUGAGGACCAAGACAAGGACAGUGAAGAAGAUGGUGACACAACUGAGACUGAUGUGGACAGUAAGGACGCCACCUCCGACAGCCAGGAGGCCGACAUGUCCGACAAGUCUGACAGUAAGGACGCCACCUCCGACAGCCAGGAGGCCGACAUGUCCGACAAGUCUGACAGUAAGGACACCACCUCCGACAGCCAGGAGGCCGACAUGUCCGACAAGGCUGACAAUAAGGACGCCACCUCCGACAGCCAAGAGGCCGAUAAGUCCGACAAGUCUGACAGUAAGGACGCCACCUCCGACAGCCAGGAGACCGACAAGUCCGACAGUAAGGACGCCACCUCCGACAGCCAGGAGGCCGAUAAGUCCGACAGUAAGGACACCACCUCCGACAGCCAGGAGGCCGACAAGUCCGACAGUAAGGACGCCACCUCCGACAGCCAGGAGGCCGACAAGUCUGACAGUAAGGACGCCACCUCCGACAGCCAGGAGACCGACAAGUCCGACAGUAAGGACGCCACCUCCGACAGCCAGGAGACCGACAAGUCCGACAGUAAGGACGCCACCUCCGACAGCCAGGAGACCGACAAGUCCGACAGUAAGGACGCCACCUCCGACAGCCAGGAGACCGACAAGUCUGACAGUAAGGACGCCACCUCCGACAGCCAGGAGACCGAUAAGUCCGACAGUAAGGACGCCACCUCCGACAGCCAGGAGACCGAUAAGUCCGACAGUAAGGACGCCACCUCCGACAGCCAGGAGGCCGACACCUCUGACGGCCAGGACUCCGACAGCCAGGAGACGAUCACCUCCGACAGCCAGGAGACGGACACCUCCGACAGCCAGGAGACCGGUGACUCACUGACCUCUGAGGUCAGUGAAGAGGAGGACGAACUGAAUCAGGAUGUCUCUACUGAUGGACCCAAGGAGCAGAGCUCUGAAACUUCUGACUCCACUGAAGCGCCACCUGUGGAGCAGCAGGACGACUCCAACCCCGCCACCACAGAGGUCAUGAAAUAGACGCUCGGCCUCUGAAGUUUGGACGCUCGGUGGCUUCAGGUAUCUUCACUCCGCCGACUCUUCGAUGGAAGAAACAAAAAUCAUGUUUUUUAAUCAUAGUUUAAAU